CACGCAUCCUCUCUGGACGACAUGAUGGUCUAGUCUAGUCUAGUCUAGUCUAGGACUUGAUGGUGUAGUCUUAGACAUGAUGGUGUGGUGUUAGACAUGAUGGUGUAGUCUAGUGAUAGACAUGAUGGUGUAGUGUAGUCUAAGACCGAGAACGCCAUAAGAGAAGUAUCAUCAUCCAGGCUGGGAUCGACACUCACGUCGCCUGCUGUGAAGACGCAGCGUUAUCGGGGGGGUUUUUACCUCUUUUCACCCCAUUUAGUGUCAGUAUUGUUGCUUAGUAUUGUUGCUUAGUAUUGUUGCUUAGUAUUGUUGCUUAGUAUUGUUGCUUAGUAUUGUUGCUUAGUAUUGUGUCUGCGUCGCCGUGGGAGAAGUCACGUCUGGCGUGCUCGUGUCCGCGUGACAACUUUAUUGUUUAUCGUCCUCAUUCCUUUCAUCAAUGGGAGCGCGCCUUUUUCCGGGAAAUUCCCGCCGUUUCGCGUCCUAAUGAUGUUCACUUUCGCUGCCUUCUGCUACAUGUUGUCUCUGGUGCUGUGCGUCUCCCUCAUCUUCUUCGCCAUCUGGCACAUAACCGCAUUUGAUGAGCUGCAGGCUGACUUCAAGGUGCCGAUAGACCAAGGCAAUCCCCUCCAUGCGAGGGAGAGACUGAGGAACAUUGAGAGGAUUUGCAACCUGCUGAGAAAGUUGGUGCUGCCGGAAUAUUCCAUCCAUGUUCUCUUCUGCAUCAUGUUCUUGUGUGCCCAAGAGUGGCUGACUGUGGGCCUCAACAUCCCCCUGCUCUUCUACAACACCUGGAGUAGGUACUUCCAUUCCCCGACGGACACCAAGGAGUUGCUCUACGACCCGGCGUCGGUGAUGAACGGGGACACGCUGAAGUUCUGCCUGAAGGAGGCCUGGUGCAAGCUGUCCUUCUUCGUCCUCUCCUUCUUCUACUAUCUCUACUGGUGAGCCGGCGGCCAUACUUCUUUUAUAGCAUCGG